AUGAAAAAGAAUGAAAAUUUUGUCAAAAAGUCAUUCCCUUACCUCAACCUUGAAGCUUAUUCACAAUCUGCACAAAAGUACAAAGCAAAUCAAGUAGACAAUUACACAGAUGAGCCACCUAGUUAUGACCAUGCAGUCCAGGCUUCUUUAGAGCCCGAGAAUACCGUACAUCUAACCGGACGAUUCCAAGAUACUUCUGUCGAUUCAUACGCUCGCGCAGAGGUGUUUAUUCAGGCCCAUCAGAGCAUGAUUAACCGUUUUCCUACUGAGCUUGCGGCACAGGCAGCCAAGGAUGGACUCAUUAAACGCAUGUCGAUUGACCAAGCUCCUCAUCAGAAUCCCUACUUUUGCCAUCCAAACUCUACUCCCCACACUAAUCCGGCUUUAAAGGUCGACCUGGAUCAAAGUACAGUUCAAGUCUGGCCAAACCAGACCAGACAGAAGAUUAUCGAGGAUUGGGACAUCAUCAUUCAAGGAACUCAUCCUUUUCUUUCCUUGUCGGAUUACGGCCGGCCACCCCAGAGCACAGGAUUCCACUAUUUUGAGAUCACGGUUCUUGAUUGUGCUCCUAACACGGUAAUGGCCAUUGGUCUGGCAACCAAGCCUUAUCCGGUAUUCCGGAUGCCAGGUUGGAAUAAGCACUCAAUAGGGUAUCAUAGUGAUGAUGGACGUAAGUUCUGUGAUGACGCUUCAGGCGGACAAGACUAUGGACCCCAGUGGGGGUUUGGUCAGACGGUUGGCUGCAGAUACGACCCAGUCCAAGGUAACGUCAUGUUCACCUUGAACGGAAACCCACUUGGCACAGCUUUUCAGCUCUUGGAGCGACGCUAUUAUUACCCGAGCUUUGGCGCAGAUGGACCGGUCAAGUUCUUUGUGAACUUUGGAUCCCAGAGUUUUGUACAUACGCCUGUUGAUGGCAACCUUUGGAUUGGUUCCAUAUUGUCUGUUUAG